GGACACACCAGGAAGUUGAGGGGGGAGGUACUAUUGCGUGUUUUCAUUCAUUCAUUUAAAUCCAAGAUGCGGACAUUAUACAUAAAAAAAUCUACAGAAACGGAAGAACCAAUAUGUUUUCUUGAACAAAAUGUUAAUUUACCAGCAAUGACAGAAAAUAGCAUUAUGAUACAGAUUAAGGCCUGUGGAUUAUCUAUGGUGAAUUUAGAGAUAUUUGCACAGUUGAAUAUAAAGAGGGAAAGACAUCCUGUCGGAAGAGAAAUAUCUGGAAGUGUUACACAAGUCGGUGCUGCAGUGACAAAUGUUAAAGUUGGAGAUGAUGUUGUUGGUGUGUUGCCAUUGGAUACGGAAUGUUCAGGUUGUGCUGAUCUCUGUAUUAUAAAUGAGUACGAUGUCACACAUGUAAUAGACUUAAUUGGAGGUAAGAAAAACGCACUACUUAACAGCUGUUUGGAAGAAACUGGAGGACUGGGAGUGGAUGUCAUUAUUGAUAAUGGAGUUUCUAUGCAUAUGUAUGAAGAUGAGAAUAUCACUGGAAGUCCUGCAAAAAGUAAGAAAGACAAACAUUUACCAAGUAAACAUGAGAUUAUAAUGAGUCUUGGUGUUGGUGGUAGAUGGAUCACAUCACAAAACAAUUUACAGCUCGACCCACCAGAUUCACAGUUGCUAUACUUUAAGGGAGCUAGUGUUAGCUUUCUCUUUGAUUCAUUCUGGACAUUAUCAUCAGGACAACAAGGAAGAUACCAACAUAUUUUGAAAGACAUUAUUAAUAAAGUUGCAAAUGGAACUCUAAGACCAAAUAUAUCUCAAAAGUUACCAUUGGAAAAAGUACCAGAUAUGUACAGAAGAUUGACAUAUAGAACGAUAGGGAAGUUUGUGAUGGAAAAUUGAAAGCUAAAUUAUAUGUAAAUAGUAACUAUAUGCUGUGUUAAUAUUUCUCUACUGUGUACUUUGUGUCUUUGUUAGUAAAUAAAGAAUGGGAAUAAAUAUUUGGGAGCCUA